UCAUAGCAACUGCUCACACGCUUCAUAGCCAUUGCAAUACCCACAGUUGUUAAGUGAAGUCUGGGUGUGGAAUUGUGCGCAUAAUGUGUGGAUUUUAUAAAAUUAUAUUCCUGCUGAUUUGCACUGGCGCCGUAAUGGGGAAACGGGCAGAAGCAGUGUCAAAGCUUGAUGAUGCGUUGAAGGAUAGAAUCAAAAUUUCAAAUAUCGCCGCGAUCGCUGAUGGCAAAUUGGAGAGGACCAAACGCGGCUUUUUAGAUUAUCUGCUGUAUGGACUUUAUGAGUACUUCGAUUAUGGCGAAGAAUCUGAUUCCGAAGAGGAUGAGAAAUACUUAAUUUGCCGUAAUUGUACAAUUCUYAUUAACCAGUCAAAUAAUGAGAGGAGCCCGUUAACCGGACCAUCAACCAUACCAGCAAAUAUGACGGCAGGAAUUGCACCGAACGGUAAUAAUGCGACUAAUGGAGGAGCUCCAUCUGACUUAWACAAUCCAAUGCCAUUAAAUUAAGCAGAUAAUAGCAAUAAAACAUCUGGAGAAACUCGCGGGGCUUCAGACAUGCGUUGAAGAGCUUUUGGAAAUUCACAUAUAAACAUUAAAUGAUAUCAACAUUAAUAAUAUAAGUCGAUGUUACAAAAUCAAAUAAAAAGGGAAAUCAGCACCAUUACAUAUGUAAAAUAUUCACUUUUAUAUACUUGUA